AUGUCGCUGCCAGCCAGCACAGACGUCCUCAUCGUCGGAGCGGGUCCUACGGGACUCGCUUGUGCUCUGUCUCUCCUGCACGUUGGAUGCUCCAAUUUCGUCGUGGUCGACUGCGUGACCCAGGGUCAAAACUCCUCACGCGCCCUCGCUGUGCAUGCUGCUACCUUGCAGGCCCUCUCACGGAUUGGAUGCUCAGAGCCCCUCGUGGAAGCGGGGAUCAAAGCAAAGUCUCUGCGAGUGUGGACGGACGGAGUAUUCACCACGACAGCCAGCUUCGACGCGCUCGCGCCCUACACCCCCUAUCCUAUGUUAUUGAUCGUACCCCAAACCGUAACCGAACAGGUCUUGGGAGACACGCUGCGCAGUCGCGGCGUCGACGUUCAGCGGCCGCUCAAGGUGGUUGACAUGAAGGUCGACAAGGAAGACCCACAAUUUACCGACGUUCACUUUGAGGACGGCCAGACCGUCCGGGCUCGCUGCGUCGUCGGCGCUGACGGUGCCAGAUCCACAGGGCGCAGCGUCGCAGUCGUGGGCUUCGUCGACCCCGACGGCGAGAGCGUCGCAGACAGCGAACGCCUCUCCCAGGUCAUCGUCGCCGACGUGACCUUCACGCGCGACCCAUUCCCCACGAUCCCCGACGCAGGACCCGUGAUAAUCCCCUCCUCUGACAGUUUCUUCCUCACCAUCCCUCUCCCAAAGGUGCCAGACAUCGACGACCAGUUGUACCGCGUCAUAGUCGGCAUCCCCCCUUCCAUGGGAGAGCCUCCGAUCGAGCCUCCGACCGAAUACCUCCAGUCACUCGUCGACGCCUGGGGGCCCAAAAGCAUCUCACAGGACUCUGGCUCCGACUCUGAGAAGCCUGCAGCGCCUCUCAUGAUCUCCCGGAUGAUUUGGUCCUCCCACUUCCGAACGCGCUCCGCCAUCGCUGACACAUUCCUCACGCACCUCCCGACUGCCGCUCCGGCAGACGACACGGACGCGCGAGGCAGUCCGAUCCUCCUCAUCGGCGACGCCGCGCACAUACACCCACCGGCGGGAGGACAGGGCAUGAACCUCGGCAUCCGCGACGCCAUCGCGCUCGGGCCUGCUUUGGCUAUGUAUCUGGAGAGUGCCCAGUCUCCAGGCUCCUCACAAGCCGAUUCAGAGGGGCAGUUGCGCCUGUGGGCCGCAACACGCCGUCAAUACGCUCUGACCGUUAUACAGAUGGUCAAGCGACUUAUGAGGAUCAUUGUUAUGCCUGACAAAACUACCUGGAUCCUGGGUAUCAUACCGAUCAACCUAUACAGGCUGCGGAAUACGCUUAUCAGGCUCGUCGCCAGGUCGCAGUGGUGGCGGAUGAUGACGGCGUGGAGGUUGAGCGGUCUUGCAUUUGGUGAUGAUUUCUGA